UGGAUUGAUUCUUCCACGGCUGCUCUGGAUACACUGUUCGAGAGAAUAAACAAGGCUAUUGAUACUCAGAGGAACGGCAUCAAGAACUAUCUCGAGGACUCCAGACGACGACAUGGCAUGUUGUAUGGCCAUUUCAUAUUUAAGAUUCUCCACGGUCGUGUGUCACACCACUGUUUGGGGUUGAUUCUGAGCGAGUAUACCAGGAUGAGGGAGUUGGGCGAUGAAGUGGCUAUUCGGUGCGGAUGUGCUAUAUCAAUGACUCAUGGAUUACCUUGUGCAUGCACCAUUCACCGCGUAAUUACGCAAGACAGGGCGUCGUUACAUGUCGAUCAGGUUCAUCCAUUCUGGCGGACGCUCGUUAUCGGAGAGCAUGCUGUUCCGCAUACGGUUCACCGUGAACAGGAGGAGUUGGAGCAGUUUCAGAUGAUGUUUGACCAAGUGUCCUCCAGUCACCCUUCGAUCAUUCGUAGUGCUACACACAUACUUCAUGACAUGUUCAAUACAUCGUGUUUGGAUACCGAGGAACCGGAAGGGGUCGAGCGACCUAGGGGUCGACAACCACGGCGGAACAGGAGUGCGUUUGAGUACAUUCGCGGUCGUGGCCGUGGCCGUGGCCGUGGUCGUACAUCCUCAUCAAGUGGCAGCCAAUCAUCGUCGUCGGUGAAUAUGCCCGGCACCGGGAGAAUGGACAUUGAACAUUUUCCAUAUAAGGACAGGAUCCCUAAUAUCAUGAUGCCAUUCUUGGACGGGUGGAAUGAUGUCAUUGCAGAUGGUAACUGCGGAUUUCGGGUUGUGGCGGAUGUGUUUCAAAUGGGUGAAGACAACUACGGUUUAGUGCGGCAGUUGAUGUACAGUGAAAUCGCAUCAAACCGAGAUGUGUAUGGCCAUGUGUACGGCGAGGACUUGGAUAGGUCUCUGCAGCGUAUCCGGUGGGGAGGGGGACCUUGCGGUCAAAAUCAUUGGUUCGAUGCGCCACUUGAUCUCUUUGCCGUUGCAAACAUCUACAAGUGUGCAGUCAUGCAUUUCGGCCUUGGUUUACAUAGUCGAGCCUAUUAUCCAUGUACAACGGUUCUGCCCUGGUGUUCGCGCGAGACCGUCACCAGACCGGUAAGGGACGUUGUUAUUGGAUUUCUUGGGCCGUCAUACAGACAUUUUAUCCGAUUAGACAUGUCACCCGAUUUUCCGGUCCCAAAUAUCAUACCGAAGUGGUAUGAAAUUCGUAGAGCAAGCGUGGAGGGUUGGGAUGCUUUGUACCAUGCUCGCGUGCAACAGUGGAACAAUUUAAUUGCCAUGUAGUUUUUGUUGAUGUACACCUACCUUUUACUAUGAGGCCUUGUAUUGUCAAUACUAUGUCAUUUCUAUGUGUUCAUUUUUAAAAGAUAAUGUUUCAUUUUAAAAA